AUGUCUUGCUUCCCGUAUCCGCGAGAUACGGAUGUGAAAGCAAUUCGAGUACCUCUGAUAGCGCGAAUUCAAUACUCAAUAACGGGACAAACUGAUUUCUCAGACUUCUUCAAGAGGGCGCUUGAUGCAAGCCAUUCGCUGGCUUCAGCCAUUCAAUCAUGGCUGUUCUUGGGUCUAGCAUCUGAAGCGCUAGGUCGAAACAUCAGAUAUGAGGAAUUCGCAGGCGCUGACCUUGAUGGACCCCAUCCUUCUAUUGAUCUUCGCAUUCCGGAAUGGUACUGGCGGGAGCUUAAAGCUCGAUGGGAUGAGCUAGACGACAGCCUCACUGCUGCGGAAUUCGAAGCCAAGAGGACUCAACUAAAAAAGAUCUACGAGAGCGCACAGAUAGUCGUCAUCUACAUAGAUCUUCUGGCGAAUAGUCUGGACGACAAUAAGCUUACAGAAAUUCUCCUCUCAAUACACAUGCUGUUAUAUCUUGUGGCGUAUGUGCUCGAUUCUAAUACGCUCAAGGUCACCCAGACGACCACAAGCUCAGCAUCAACAAAGCUACUCAAGCGCAGAAUGGUCAAGAAUGGGUGGUGCGAAAAGAGGCUGAACUUCUUGGAUGCAUCUCUGAUGUUUUACCCAGCAUUUUACUUCCUAUCGUCACUCAAGCCACCUCGCAUCAAUGCGGAAGAUCACUCGAGCUGCAGUAGUGACAGAUGUCUCGCUACUAGCAAGUUGUCUAAGCCUCUCCACCGUACUGACGGAUGUCUUUGUGAAGAUGUCGUCGUCCCGGUCGACAGGGUGUAUACCAUCGUGGCUUCCGGAGGGAUUCCUUUGGUCAGGAUCACACGGUCACCGCUUGGCAAGAAUGAGCUCGAGGUGGUUCCAUAUACGCCAUCCAAGCGAUGGCGCUUGUAG